AUGGCUUCGAAGCGUAAGGCAUCUGCCAUGGCGGCCUCUGUGCCAGAGGAGCCCGUUGAUCCGGCCGACGAGCUCAUGUUUCUUUGCUUGGGCGGCGGGAACGAGGUUGGCCGGUCUUGUCACGUCAUCCAGUAUAAGGGGAAGACAGUCAUGCUCGAUGCAGGCCAGCACCCAGCUUACGAUGGGCUUGCAGGCCUGCCGUUUUUUGACGAUUUCGACCUCAGCACGGUGGACGUGCUCCUCAUCAGCCAUUUUCACAUCGACCAUGCCGCGUCAUUACCAUAUGUACUGGCCAAGACCAACUUCCGCGGGCGUGUGUUCAUGACCCAUCCCACCAAGGCCAUCUACAAAUGGCUCAUCCAGGACAGCGUUCGUGUCGGCAACACGUCGUCCAAUCCGACGACGCAGUUAGUCUACACCGAGCAGGACCACCUGAACACAUUUCCCAUGAUCGAAGCGAUCGACUAUCACACCACACACACGAUCUCAUCCAUCCGGAUCACGCCCUACCCGGCCGGGCACGUUCUCGGCGCUGCCAUGUUCCUGAUUGAGAUUGCUGGCCUCAACAUCCUGUUUACCGGCGAUUACUCGCGGGAACAAGACCGACAUCUGGUGUCCGCCGAGGUCCCUCGGGGCGUCAAGGUCGACGUCCUCAUCACAGAAUCGACGUAUGGCAUCGCGUCACACGUGCCACGGCUAGAAAGAGAACAGGCGUUGAUGAAGUCUAUCACUGGCGUGCUCAACCGUGGCGGCCGGGUCUUGAUGCCGGUCUUCGCCCUCGGUCGUGCGCAGGAGCUGCUUCUCAUUCUCGACGAAUAUUGGGGCAAACACCGGGACUACCAAAAAUUUCCUAUCUACUACGCCAGCAACCUCGCCCGCAAGUGUAUGCUGGUGUACCAGACGUAUGUCGGCGCCAUGAACGAUAACAUCAAGCGACUCUUCCGCGAACGCAUGGCCGAGGCGGAAGCCGCGGGCGAUGGGGCCGGCAAAGGUGGGCCGUGGGAUUUCAAGUUCAUCCGCUCGCUCAAGAGUAUCGACCGGUUCGAGGACAUCGGCGGGUGUGUCAUGUUGGCCAGUCCGGGUAUGUUGCAGAACGGCGUAAGCAGGGAGCUGCUUGAGCGAUGGGCGCCAAGCGAGAAGAACGGCGUCAUCAUCACGGGUUACAGUGUCGAGGGCACUAUGGCCAAGCAGAUCAUGCAGGAGCCGGAGCAGAUCCAGGCUGUCAUGACACGCAGCUCCGCGGGGGGCAGGAGAGCGCCAGGCGGAGAUGCUGAGAAAGUCAUGAUUCCGCGGCGGUGUACCGUUCAGGAGUACUCGUUUGCUGCGCAUGUCGACGGCACGGAGAAUAGGGAGUUUAUCGAGGAGGUUGCCGCUCCGGUUGUGAUUCUUGUACACGGCGAGGUGCACAAUAUGAUGCGCCUCAAGUCCAAGUUACUAUCGCUGAACGCCAACAAGACGAACAAAGUCAAGGUCUUCAGCCCCCGGAACUGCGAGGAGCUCCGCAUCCCGUUCAAGACGGACAAGACAGCCAAGGUUGUCGGCAAGCUGGCCUCGGUCCCGCAACCCAUAAACCAGCUCAAGGACGCCUCGAACGAACCCCAGCUCAUCACGGGUGUCCUCGUCCAGAACGACUUCAAGAUGUCCCUCAUGGCGCCUGAGGAUCUCCGCGAGUACGCUGGUCUGACUACCACGACCAUCGCUUGCAAGCAGCGGCUCAAACUCAGCGCUGCGGGUAUUGACUUGAUCAAAUGGGGUCUGGAAGGGACCUUCGGAACUGUCGAGGAGCUUCCCGAGGGCAAGCAAGUCCACAAGAACGGCACCAACGGCAAAGACAGCGAGGACGACGGCGACGGUGACGGCGACACCAAAAUGGAGGAUGAAAAGGCAGAAGAACCGGCCGACGAGGAGUUCCCUCAGGACCACGUUGUCGCUGCCUACCUAGUCAUGGGCUGCGUAACCGUCCGCUACCGCGUCAGCGGCGAAGUAGAGCUCGAGUGGGAGGGCAACAUGCUCAACGACGGCAUCGCCGACGCCGUCAUGGCCGUGCUUCUAGGCAUCGAAUCCAGCCCGGCCGCUGUGAAGCGUUCCUCUAGCAAACACACCCACAGCCAUUCCCAUGGAGGAGCAGAGGACAUGGACACUGACGGCAAGGCUGAUGCCGACGCCGAAACAUCCAUCAUCAGCCUCCCGCACCGCAACUUACACGCCUCGCUAUCCGCCUCCGAACGCCUAGAACGCCUCAUGAUGUUCCUUGAAGCCCAGUUUGGCGCGGACAACGUCUCGCCCAUCGCCGAACCCAAACUACCCGCGCUUCCCGCGCAACUGAAGUCUGCCGCCAACAACGAGGAGCCUAAAAAGGAAGAAGAAGAUGAGGAACCCGCCGCAUUCACCCUAGAAGCCCGCCAGCAAGCCGAGCUAGCCCGCCUGCACAAAGCGGGUAUCCCUGUGCCUGGCGUGCGGAUCCGCGUCGACAAGAUGGAGGCGAGCGUGUGGUUGGAGGAGUUGGAGGUGGAAUCGGGGAACCGGGUGUUUGCGGACCGUGUGCGGGCGGUUGUGGAACGGGCUGUGGAGGUUACGGCGCCCCUUUGGGGGUAG